AUGAGCACCGUCGGCUCGACAUCGACGAACCGCAAGAGCCGGCGUGUGCCUGCCGAGCUGCGGCAGCGCACCGAGAACAGCUGUGACCGCUGUAAGACGCGCAAGCACAAAUGCCGCCGCAUUACGGGCGCCGACUCGGACCGCUGCUGCCACUGCGAAAAGUACGGCUAUGAAUGCAUCGUCACCAAACCACGCAAACCCCGUUUGCCACCGGCAGCAGCGGCGGCCGCUGCUGCUGCCACCGCGACCGGUGUGCUUGUCGAAGCGUACAGUGCGCGCAUGGAGGCCAUGGAGGAGCUGAUCAAGGGGCUGGUGCCAGAGGCCGACGUUACGAGUCUCGAGAGCCUUCAUUGCGUGGGAAGGGAGCUGGGGAUCCCGCUGUCGUCCGAUGCGUCACGGAAUCACAGCCCAGAGCUGACGACUGCUCAAGACCACGAUGCAUCAACGACCAACACACUCCAUGCAUCGAUGUGCGUGCCAUCAGAUUCUGGGAUGCGACGAACACCCAGACGAACGCAGCCGUUGCCUAGCAGAGUCACAAACGCGUUUUAUACAUCGCCACCACCUUCGUCGCCUGCCAUGUCGUCCACGUCGAGCAGCCACAGCGAAGCCCUCGUCCAGGACCGCCAAGGCCAGCAACAGUACAUUGGCCAGGCCAGUUCAUACUACUUCCAGAUCCACCUGCAGACUUUGGUGGGUGGAGGUCGCAGCGCAGAUGCCGGCCAAAUGCAGCUGUUUGGCCCCAAUCCGGUCGACAAGAAGGACGUUCUCCUGCGACAGCACGGGGCAGCGGCAUCACAUGCCAUGCGAGACGCAACGACAUCGCCAGAGGCUGUUGCGGAAUUGGCUACGGAAGAUAUGACAGAUCUCCACCCGCCAGCCAACCGAGUCCGGCGUUUGUCGUCUGGUCGCUGUGGCGCAGUGCAACCAGCAGCUGCAGCAGCCGUUGCAGCAGGAAUGGAGCUGUUGUCAGGGCCGCAGUCAGCUGAGGUGCUUUCCAGCGUCCAUGCGUUCUUCGAGCAUGUCAACACCGACUUCCCAGUUCUGCAUGAAGUCUUGUUUUUGGAAACACUGGAUUUUGUCAUGAAAACAAAGACGCAAUCCGGCCCAGGGACACCCCGAAGGGCAUCUCUUGAUCGGGUUUGGCUGUGUAUCGUGUACUGUGUCAUAAUUCUUGGGCGGCUGCACGUAUCACUCGCCACUCCCACCACCCAUAACCGCACGGACGAUGACUCCGAUGCGCUGUGGCUCUGGGCUCAGAUUGAGGCCCUUCUGCCCACGGUCCUCUUCACCUCUAGCCUCGCCUCCAUCCAAGCCCUCUUGCUCGCCAGCCUGCAUCUGCACAACACUAAUUCACGCGACGUCUGCUGGACAUUGACGGGUGCCGCUCUGCGUCUGGGCUAUGCCAUUGGACUCCAUCGCCCUGGCCUCGUCGACAACGAUACGACGGCCGCAUCCACCCCGCCGCUUCUUCGUGCCAUGCGGAAAACGAUUUGGUGGACACUGUACGCCUUUGAGCAGCUGCAGGUGUCGUCGCAUGACCGACCCAGCGCCGUAGUGAAUCGGCACGUGCAGCCUCUGCCGCCGGCCAGUACGGUGCGAUACGGACACGCCGAGCACGCAAGCCGUCUCACGCUUUUACUGGGACGGGCCAACGCCAUGCCUGAGACCGUACGGACAAACUACGGCGGACCCCUGGCGCCGGCGGUCGCUCUCCUCCGUGACCUGACGCGGUGGCACGCAGCACUUCCGGCUCACCUAUGCAUCGACGCCGUGCGAUAUGCGCCGCCGGGCAUCCAGCGUGCUACAUUGCUUCUGCACAUCCAGUACCACUAUACCGUGUGCCUUGUGGCGCGCCAUGCGUUGCUGUCCCGAUACACGUCGUUGCAAAAGGGAGGACCGAGGUCGGACUCCCCGUUUGGAUACGACGGCGGCAUGCCCAGCGACAGCGUCACAGCACUUACUCUCUCGAGCCCCUGCUCGGCCACGGCCAUUGCGGAUGCCUGCCAGGACUCGGGUCGGGAGGCCAUCGUCUUGCUGCUCCAACUCGCCGAGCUCGGCCAAUUCAAUGCACAGACCGGACUGGAUGUGUACUAUCUGUACUCGGCCACCUUGGUUCUCGUUUUGAGCCUCAUAUGCGACACGGCGCAGCGAAAAGUAUCCGCCGCUUCGGAGACCCGAAGCCUCUUCCAAAAAUCUGCCGAUCUCGCACGGAAGCACCGCGACGAGCGCCAGACGCCAGGCACGAUGCGACGGUGGCUGGGUAUUAUUGGGGAUUUGUAUGGCGGUGUGGCAUCUAAAAGCAGCGGAUCGGCAGAGCCACAGAGAACAUCGUCAGCAAAAGCGCCACGAGACAGCGGCAGCAAGCGCAACUCUUGCGUGGCACAACAGCCGAACGAUGAUCUCGGUCUGCGCCGUGUGCAAAUGCAGCGUCAUACAACGAAUGCAUCUGCUUCUCACUUGGAGCGGCAGUCUCUUCGACCCGACGUGGCUGUUCCCAAUACACUGCUCCCUGGGCCAUACGAUGGCAGUCCUUUAUUUAUUCCACCCGCACCAGACGUGCAGCCAGCCGCUGCCACUCUUGCAUCCGAAUUGGAACUUGAUGUGGCGGCCUUUUCCGGGGGGAGAAUGGACAUGUACGAUGGACGUGCCGACAUUAUCAAUCCGCCUGCCAUCCUACCUCUGGUCCUCGAAUUCUUCAACACCAACAACACCAGCAACGCUAUCGAAAGCACAUUUGGAACCGGUACGGCCGAUUGGAGCUUUGACUACUACAUGUCGGGCAUGUCUGCCGAUUCACAAAACAUGCCGUGGUAG